CAGGUGGCGCUGCUCUUCUGCUCUCAGUGGAGUUUGAUGAAGCUCAAACACUGAAACACGCCGCUGGAGUCACAGUUUAGUUCGGGAUAGUUUUCUGCAGGUGUUUUUGUUGGUUUAUUGUCGCUGGAAGCGUGUCUGAAAGCCGAGAUUACACAGAAUGAGAGAAAGCAGCGGCUCCUGAGAGAGUUGAGAUGAUGGAGACUGUAAACAGCAGAGCAGAUGGAGAAGCUGUAGAUGAUGGAGGUGUGGAGUUUGUGGAGCUGUUAUUGAUCGGAGGCUCUCCGUGGGGCUUCACUCUCAGAGGAGGACUGGAGUAUCACGAGCCGCUGCUCAUCACCAAGGUGGAGGAUGGAAGUCGAGCGGCGCUGGGUCGAGUCCAGAUCGGUGACGAGAUAGUCAGCGUUAACUCAGUUCUUCUCAGCGGUUACAGACUUGAGGCCAUUUGUCUGGUGAAAAGCUCACAUAAGACACUCUCUCUUGGAAUAAAACGGAGGAAUGAAUCGUCAUUUAGACCCCAUUCAUGGCACUCCGUUAAAUCCACAGAUAACCCCACCAUCGACACCCCCAAAUCUGAACCUAACCCUGUAGCUGACUCCACCUGGCAGACAAAAUAUGAUGCAGGGUCACCCUCAAAAGACUUCAUCAGCUGUUGGGGACAGACCAAUCUGCGACACGUGUCCUGCCAGUUCAGCUCUGUGGGAAAUAUGGAAAGUGUAGAGCCCUCACCGCAUGCUUUCUCAAAAGAGCAGCCUUUAUUGAGCAAACCCAGUGGUGGAGCAGAUCACCCAAUUUCAAACAAUUUCAAACCUACUACUGACCAUAGUGCACCUCGGGCUGUCGCUAGCACAGAAGGGAUGUUUUAUAGAGGCAUUCCCAGUGAUCUGGGAGUUCCCAAUGACUGUCAUAGAUACCUACAAAUCCCAAUUGGCAAUGGUGGACGAGUGAGUCCCAGCGUGGAGGAGCAAGCUAGCUCCAAAUUCUCCUCCAAUGGGAGAUCCAACCAUAGACCUGUGUGGCAUAUUCCUGAGAACAAGAUUUCCACUACUCAAGCUCCUUCUCCACCCUUGCGUAGUGAUAGUUUCACUGCCACCAGAGUUCAUGAGAAGAGCUUGGUGGGAUCGUUCCCUGAAGGACCUUCUGUUUAUCCGCCACAGAAAUCUCACUGCAGAUCUGUGGACCGACAGUUGGACGGGCAUGAAGCGAGACACGGCUACAAUCCACCUCCAAAGAAGGACUUUCUUCAACCGUAUCUUCCAGUUGAGGACUACCCUAAUCAGGUAAACCCUACCAAACUCUUUUCCAAGUCAAGCACUGAUGUUAGACAAGGCCAGAACCCAUUUACAUAUGAACUCCAGCAUCAGAGACAGCACAGUGAUGAUAGUACCUUUUCUGCGUAUCCCAACUCUGCAUCUUCACCAGAGACCCAAAGUGUUGGAAGCUACUACCGAAGUCUUCAAGAUUUGCCCACCAACACUGGCAGUCGAAACCAAACCAGAACCUCCAUGGCCUUUGACCCUAACCAUGAGGGCCAGGCUCAUUUUCGGUACUACUGCAUCACUGCCCAGCAGCCAUCCUUGGAAUCACCUAUGCAGGGUUGGAUGGGAGAUGAGCGGAGGUCUGAAACGGGAACCACCCAAGGUGCCAAAAACAGAACCUUUGUUGGUUCUCAAAAGGUUGUGAAGACAAAGUAUACCCAGCCGUACCUCAGUGUACCUGAGAACAAGAGCUCCAAUGGUUACAGCAAACAGGCCAUCAGUCCUCCUCCAUCUCAAGCCACGUCCCCUAUACCAAAUCAUCUGAUUUCAAAGUCCAGCUCCGGGGAAAGAGAGACUCCAAAGAAGAAAGAUGGAGUUAAGCCGCAGCCUUCCAGGCAUGUACCAAAUCACCAUAUGGAGCAGAAGAACUCUGUGUCCACUUACCACCCGGACAAUCCAUGGAUCAGCAAGCAGGAUCACAAGAUCUGUCCACACAAGACACCCAUGUUGCACUCUUUGGCCCAGGAGAGCAAGAAGAUGGCAGAAAAAUCAGUAACAGCCAAAGGAGGAGGUCAAGAAUCAACUGAUGCCAUCGGUGGCAAACAAGGAAGACGGAGUGACCGCUAUGCCACAACUCUACGCAACGAGAUCCAACAGAAGAGGGCCCAGCUUCAGAAAAGCAGAAGUGCCGCUACCUUGACCUGCUCAAGUGAAGUUGAGGAGGACUCUGAUAUCUGGAAGUCCAAUGAGACCUCUACAUCAUCAUCUGAUGGUUCCUUCACCAACACUUACAAGGAUCAUCUGAAGGAAGCCCAAGCCAAAGUUCUGAAGGCCACAUCGUUUAUGAGGAGGGACCUGGAGCUUCCUGGGAACGAAGUUCCCCCGGGUCAACUUCCCAAAAAACCUGGGCCUGUUCAAGGGCAAGUCACCCGCAUUGGGGGGCGUAAAAGGUUUCCCAUGGAUAAAAAGAUACAUUCCUUCUCUGAACCGGACAAGAUCAAUGAAUUAGGAGUUGAGGAUAAGGCAGCUGGGUCCUUUGUGGACCGAUGUAAGUUCUUCCAAGGUUCCUGCAAACCAGUUCUCCAAAAGCCCAUUCCAAAGCAAACCCUGCUAAGCCCCACUGAAGACCACAGUGAGAGAAAGAUUAGAUUAGCUGGAGACAGUGAAAGCAUCAGUCAGUCUCCCUUAAAACAGAGUAAAUCAAGUCAUGCUGACCUUAAUACAGAAGAGCAACAACGGCUCGGUACAUUUGCGGAAUAUGAAGCUACAUGGAACAUGCAGAAGAAGCCAGUGGAAAGAAGAACAACAGGCAGAUAUCAUUCAGCUGAAAACAUCCUGGACUCAGGCUUGCAGGAAUCCAACAGCACAGUGUGUGUUCAUGAAAGAUCCCGUUCCUCCCCUUCUGCUGACUUCUACGGACAGAAAAUCCCUCUGCCACCCAGAAAGUCUCCUGUUGGAUCUCCGCCUGAACCCAAGGACCAAGAGGAGACCCGUAGCUCUAGUGUAUCCGAAAAAGAGCAUGGUCCACUCAACAUCUCCGAGCCUCUAAAAUCCAUCACACUGAACGUUCUGGAAAGUGAUGUGGCGCCUCUUUCCUCCAACCAGAAACCCAGACUUGAUGCCAAGCAUUCUCCACCAUUCUUCUCACAUCAUCUCCAGGUUCCUACGUCAGAGCAACUGUUUCCUAAAAACAAAAGUCCUGAACCGCAGAGGUCGGCCCAACCAAAACAGCUUGAAACUGCAUGCCCUUUCAGAGCCUCCCAGGAAGUUAGGGUUCAGACCUCUUCAUCUGAGCCAACUCAAGUACCAUGUCCUUCAGAACAUCUGGAGAGAGACAAAAGCCCAGCCGCUUCACUAGAGGACAAUCAGAGAUCAGACACAGAGGGGAUGUUAUCACACUCUCUACAUCUUUUAGGUCAUUCCUCCAUUUCUCCCAAGCAGAACGUUGACCUGAUGGUAACCUCAGCCAGCAGAACACGUUCUCCUUCUCCUCAGUUCUCUCCUCAGAGGCUCACAGAUGAACCACCUGCAACUGUGCAAAAAAAGGAUCCAUGCAGUAAUAAGAUGGAGGAAACAUCAGAGCCAAACACUGCUGGGCGGAAGGUCCCAAUACAGAUCGUCUGUAAAAACAGUUCAGAGAGAGAAAACCGAAACUAUCCACCACAUGGUGAAUCAUCUGGAGGCUCUGAGGUUCCUAAAACUGGCCAACUCAAAAAACUAGAUUCUCCAGAGCAAUCCAAGUCGCCGUUUAUUGCCUACACCCGCCCGGAUCCAAGCAGAAAUGCAGAACAUCAGACUGACAAGAUGGUACUAGACAAUAAAGUGCGGGUGAGGAGCAAUGGUGUGGGCGAACACUCAGAGGAGGACCUGAAACGAGAGGAGCUGGCCAGAGAUAUCAUGGGGAAGGACAAGAGUCUGGUGGACAUCUUGGAUCAGAGUAAGAUGAAGACAACCAUGGAUCUGAUGGAGGGGAUAUUUCCACAGGGGGAGCAGCUCUUGGAGGGAGCGCAGCAGAGGAGGAAAGCAGCCUCCAAACAGACAUCCCCCAAAAAUACACAGCAGAGGGUGGAGGACAAUUUGGCAUCAUCAGUGUCAUUAGUGAGCAGUUCGUCGUAUUAUAGCACAUCUGCACCUAAAGCAGAGCUGCUCAUAAAGAUGAAGGACAUGCAGGAGCACAUGGAGGAACAGGAUUCAGAGGAUGAACUCGGUUAUGACCUUUCUAGCAAGAAGCAAGAGUUGAUUGACAGCCUAAGUAAGAAGCUGCAGGUGUUGCGAGAGGCGCGUGAAAGCCUGCAGGAGGACAUGCAGGACAAUAACGUUCUGGGAGAUGAAGUGGAGGCCACCGUACAGACUGUCUGCAAACCCAACGAGCUGGAGAAGUUUCGCAUGUUCGUCGGCGAUCUGGACAAGGUGGUCAGUCUGCUGCUGUCGCUGUCCGGUCGACUGGCCCGAGUGGAAAACGCCCUGAACAACCUGGAGGAGGGAAUAUCAGUGGACGAGAAGCACACUUUGACUGAAAAACGCAAACUGCUGAUUCGCCAGCACGAAGACGCCAAAGAGCUGAAGGAGAACUUGGACCGAAGGGAACGUCUGGUUUAUGAGAUUCUGGCCAGUCACCUCAGCGAAGAGCGUCUCGCAGACUACCGGCACUUCGUCAAAAUGAAGUCAGCGCUCAUUAUUGAGCAGCGUAAACUGGAGGAUAAGAUCAAACUGGGUGAAGAGCAGCUCAAAUGUCUGAAGGACAGUCUGCCGCUGGACCAGAGACUGCUGUACUGAACCAUUCUGGACUGGUCUAGACCGGACUGGACUGUGUUAAGUUCAGCCUGGACUCUCAGACUCUUGAAGUAUUUGAUAUCUGCUUGUGUGCAUUGGAUAGAUUUAUUACCAUGAACACAAAAUCAUUCUUAUAUCAGUUCAUUGAUUCCAGUUUUCUUUAAUAUAGACUUUUAGUGACUUCAUGCUUUGAAUCCGCUCGUGCUUUCAAGGAAUGUGCUGUAUAAAAAUGUCUCCUGUUUUUUUAAAGGAUCUUAUAAAGUUUUUUCUACCUGUAUAUUGUACACGUUUAAUUUAUUUCGGUGCGGAAAGCUAUUGGUGCUAUUAACUGAAAGGAUAGAUCUGCUUAUUCUUGGCUAGAUCCUCACUGAAAGCUGUUGUACUCAUUUUCAUGUAAACGUUUUACACUUUUCUGUUUGUUUUUCAACUUCAUGAAAUUUAUAGGAUAUAUAUAUAUAUAAAAUACACCAUCAUUAAUAGGAAGGGAGGUUAAUAAUAUCUCUACUCAUAUCUAAAAUAUGAACCUGUAUAAUUCGUGAUACACUGUUUGUAAACACGCUUGCAGUGCACUUCUGCUGCAAUAGAUUGGAAUAAAAAUAAAAAUAUAU